AUGGGUGCACUUACAUGUUUGGCUUCCAGUGCGAUGGAUCUGAAGCGUUCUAGUCCCCCGUACGGCGUCCCUAUUUUGAAUAGUCAUAAAGCCAGUUUAUUUCCGACAAGGCUUUCGAAUUUCAACUGUAGUGGUAGAGUGACUCUUGGACCCAAUCCACCCGAGUCCACGUCUGUUCAUCUUGGUUAUUGUGCGCACACUACUACGCUCCCUUCUCCCUGUCGUAAUCACAGACGUGAUGUCGCAAUAGCUUGUUUGGAACCAAUGAGGUUAGACACCUUCAGCACGCUCCCACCGGCAACUUUCGCUCCCGUAACCUGUCCCUAUAAUUCAAGUGAGGUUCGCCUAACUCAUGGAGGGAGGAAGUCGGGCCGAUUGGAAGUGAAGCAUCCGGAAUCAGGUGUUUGGGGCACCGUCUGUGCCGAUGGAUUCGGAACAAAUGAGGCCAAGGCAGUGUGCCGAAUGCUCUGUUCAAGCAGUGACGACCUUGCCUACGCUCACGCCGUUAUCAAUGCCUUUGGGGAAAAGGGGAUGACGAAGUUGAAUGGAGGGCAUAGCAAGAAAGAGAAGGAAAUGCCGAUUCACUUGGCACGAGUUGCCUGUCCUGUGAAUGCACAAUCUCUUAACGACUGCAGUCUCGGUGACGGUUGGGGAUCGACACAAGGAUGUACUCACGCUCUUGACGUUGGAGUUAUUUGUGGGCCCGAGGAGCCUCUAACACCGCCUAGAAUGCCUGUAGAAUCCAAUUUGACUUGCGAAGGUGGGACAGCACGUGUCCGAUUUAAGCGAGAACAGUUGGGCGAGGUGAGUCCAAUGACAGUGCAUUUGAAUGGAAGUCCUCCUGAGGGUUGUUACUUCAACUUCACCACUAUUCCCGACCUCGAAGGCAUUGUUGAAGUCAGCUUUCCCAUGGACAAAUGCGGUGGCACGUAUGAACGAAGUACCUCGACAACCCUUGCGGUGCAUCUCUCCCUCCUGGUAAACGCAUCUCGUGAACCGUCACUGUCGAGUUUGAAGAAGGAAGGUGAGGUUGAGGUAUUCGUGUUGCCUAUUACCUGUCUCGUCAAUCGCAGCGAUUCUGUUCGCUCUGCUGUCCGCGCUGUUGCUAUUAGCCAGCUACGUCCUCUGGUUGCUACUCGUCCUACUCCGCCUACUAGACUCGCAUUCUUUGCUGACAAGCACUUUCAGAGACGCGUCAGUGACAACAUAAACAUUCUUCCUCACCGACGAGUAUUCGCCCAAAUUUCACUGACACAACCAGAGCAAAACAGCAAGUUGAUUUUACGCAAUUGUUGGUUGUCUAGCAGCGAGACCAUCAGUAAUACCAGCAUUCCAAUCAUCGCUAAUGGAUGCCUCGUGAAUUCGGACAUUCAUUGGCAUCCGAUUUCUCGAAAUGCUGUCGGUUUCUCCUUUGAAACGGCCUACUUUAGGAGGGCAUCACAACGAGUCAAUGGUGGUAGCAUCCUUCAACUCUUCGUAGUCUGCCAGACACGCCUGUGCCAAAUCAACGAAACCGAUCCCGAGUGCAUGCAGAACAAGUGCGCCUGA